AUGCGAAGGGAGCCAACUUCGAUUUGUUCAUAUGUGAGCACGGGCUGUGCUUUGAUCUUGCAGAUGUCGAUCGAGUUGGAAUCCGCUGAUGUUGUUCGGCUUAUUGAACAGUAUUUAAAGGAGAAUAAUCUACUGCGUACCUUGCAAGUACUACAGGUCGGUGAUCUGAAACAGGAAGAAACUGGUGUCACACUUAACACUGUCGAUUCUGUUGAAAGUUUUAUGAAUGAAAUCACAAGUGGUCAUUGGGAUACUGUUCUCAAGGUUGUACAAAAUUUGAAGCUCUCAGACCACAAACUUAUGGACCUCUACGAACAGAUUGUCAUCGAGCUGGUAGAACUGCGAGAAUUAGGCGCAGCUCGAACUCUUCUCCGUCAAACAGAUCCCAUGGUCCUACUCAAACAGAAUCACCCGGACCGCUACCUGCAUUUGGAAAACCUCUUGGCCCGAUCCUACUUUGAUCCGCGUGAGGCUUAUCUCGAAGGGCAGUCCCGUGAAAAACGGCGUCAGGCGAUUGCCUCCGCGCUAUCUGGUGAGGUUAGCGUAGUACCACCCUCAAGACUGCUGGCCCUGUUGAGUCAGGCGCUGAAGUGGCAGCAGCAUCAAGGUCUCCUUCCCCCUGGAACGGCCAUCGACGUCUUCCGCGGUAAGGCAGCUGUUCGUGAGCAGGAGGAAGAGAAGCCACCCACGCAGCUUUCGGCGACAAUUAAGUUGGGUCAAAAGACACAUGUUGAGUGCGCAAAGUUCAGUCCGGAUGGGCAGUAUCUAGUGACAGGAUCUGUGGAUGGUUUUAUUGAAGUGUGGAAUUUCAUCACGGGCAAGUUGAGAAAGGAUCUUAAGUAUCAAGCGCAGGAGAACUUUAUGAUGAUGGACGCAGCGGUGCUGUGUCUGGCCUUCAGCCGCGACUCCGAACUGCUGGCCUCGGGCUCACUGGACGGCAAGGUGAAAGUGUGGCGCAUUCAAUCGGGUCAGUGUCUCCGACGUUUUGAGAAAGCUCAUACGAAGGGUGUCACCGCUGCCCACUUCUCCAUGGACAAUGUCCACCUCCUCACUGCUAGUUACGAUCACACCAUCCGGAUUCAUGGGAUGAAGUCUGGUAACCUACUGAAGGAGUUCGUGGGUCACACGGGCUUUGUCAACGACGUAGUCUUCAGCCCUGACGGUCGUCACGUGCUCAGCGGCAGUGCGGAUGGGUCGGUCCGCAUCUGGUCCACGCGCACCGCUGAGUGUGUGAGCAAUUGCAAGACCAUUUCGGGCCUUGUUGGACGUGAGGUGCCGAUUUUGAGUGUGCAGCUGAUGCCUCGCAACGCGGACCAGUUCAUCGUCUGCAGUCGUUCAAACACCAUUGCCAUCAUGAAUAUGCAGGGACAGGUAAUCCGCAGCUGCACCAAUGGGAAGCGCGAGGGUGGUGAAUUUGUCGGUCUGACGGUGAGUUCAGGAGGCGAGUGGAUCUACGCGGUGUGUGAGGAUCGCCUUCUUUACUGCUUUAACGUCAGCAGCGGCGGCAAGUUGGAACGAACCCUCCCGGUGCAUGAAAAAGAGAUCCUUGGGGUGGCUCACCAUCCACACCAAAACCUCAUCGCCACAUUUUCUGAGGAUGGGCUGCUGCGGCUUUGGAAACCUUGA